GACGAAGAUACGAUCUCUAGAAAAAAUUACUAGUGAUUGGAAUCCAGUUUUUUUUUAAGUCCAUCUUGCUUCAUUCCAUUGGAUCCUCGCGUUUCCUCGUUUGUUGGUUUUCGUGCUCAUAUUGCAGUUCCGAUCGUGUUUCCUCAGGAUGUUGAACUCGGAUCAAACUGACCUGGACCUGAACCCCAGCUCUUCCGAGAGUGAGUCGGUGCUGUCGGAUGCUCGGGGAGGGUGUGUGCGAGACAAGCCGGAUGAUGCUGAAGGCAAGCGAGGGGUCCAGCAGACAUUGAGCCGGGAAGAGAAACGCCGCCGGCGGAGAGCCACUGCCAAGUACCGCACGGCCCACGCAACCCGGGAGCGCAUUAGGGUAGAGGCCUUCAACGUGGCAUUCGCAGAACUUCGCAAACUGCUGCCAACUCUGCCUCCCGACAAAAAACUCUCCAAAAUCGAAAUCCUUCGCCUGGCCAUCUGCUACAUUUCUUACCUAAAUCAUGUCUUGGAUGUCUAGGCAGCGAGAGAGGAGGGAGAGAGAGAAAGAGAAACAGUGGAGAACGGAAAAGAAAAGUAAAGUUUGUGGAUUUAAAACUGAAAAUAAAAAUGUUUGAGGAGGUUGUCAAGUGCCACCGUUUCCAAAACAAAUGGAACUUUAAACUCUAUUUGUGACCUUAAAGUGUGUUAGUCGGUGCGGUAUAUUUAUAUUUAAUUUUAUUUUUUAUAAUUGUGCGUAUUGAUAAUUAGUAUAUUUCUAUUUUAUUUUUAUUUAUUUUUAUAUAAACGUGUGUCAAUUGUUAUUUUUGUGCCAUCUGUUCACAGUCGAGUGUUUACACUUUCUGUUGGAGAGCUGUAAGCUGUUAUUUCUUUCUCGCCGUGCUUGGUUGCUGUUUGAAAGCAGUGAUGUUUUUUGCCUCCCAUAUCGCACUUGUUUCUAAAGGUAGAGCUUUUUACGUUUGUCUUAUUUCCACCCUCCCUUGUAUUUAAAUAUUUGGUGCAAUGAGUUUGUUGUUGUUUCUAGGAGAGUCGAGCACUCGCACUUCAUGCUUUAAUUUAAAUGGUUUAAGGUCCGUGGCAGUUGCUGUUGUAUAAAAUGUUUAUUUUUCUUGGUAGAAUGUGUCGCAGUUUUGAACACGGUAAGCAAAGGAGGAGAAUCCCAGAUUGUGCAGCAACUCCCAGCUAUUUAUUUCCCGGAUUAGUAUACCCCUUAAAACGUUUAUAAAAUAAUCUGGGCCCAUCUUCUCCUAGUGAAUUGAACCAAAAACUGAAUUUCUAAUGACUGCCCGAUCUCUGGUUAGCACCCCUGAAGUGCGCGGAUUUUGUAAAAAACAAAAAACAAACAAAAAAAAGGACAUAUCAAACUGACAUCCAAAGAUUCUCGUCUUUUCAGGGUUUCUAAAUGUGUUUUUUGCCUAGUUCAGAAUAUUUUGUGGUUGAAAUAACGAGCUGGUUUCUAUAAGGUAGUUUUCAUAUCUAUUCCUGAAUGGUGCCAUUUGGCAAUAAAAAAAAUAAAAGUGCAUUUUGUCUUUUUAUUAUCAAAUCUCUGGAACAUUCAUCCUGCCUCUUACAAGAAUGUAAAAUCCACCAGUAUGUCUAUGAUACAACCGACAGAAACAAUCAUAAAGUGACAUAUUGCGAGGAAGUGUUCAAAGUAGUUUAACAAAAGCUCAUCCAAACAGAGACAACAUUCGAAACUUCUUUUUAAAUAUAGAUCUCCGUGAUCUGAUGGGAUAUUGUGAAUAAAAUGCGUGUCUGUGUGUGUGUGUGUGUGUGUGUGUGUGUGUGUGUGUGUGUGUGUGUGUGUGUGUGUGUGUGUGUGUGUGUGUGUGUGUGUGUGUGUGUGUGUGUGUGUGUGUGUGUGUGUGUGUAGGGUUGUUUUUAAAAUUCCGUCAUAUUUCCCCAGAGACAAAAGACUGAGCUCACUUAUCAUGCCAUGAUGUACGAGAGAGAGCGGAUUGAGAGUAGUUGUGAGUUCUCAGUUUGGCAAGUGUGCAAUAAUGAUCUGUGCUGUUUUAUUUUAUCAACGUUAGUAUGAUGUUUCCCAUCCUUCAGUUAGAGCUCGCGGGAACAAUGCCUC